UGUUUCGAAAUUACUCGAAACACUCUAUGCUUGUCUCGCUCGCUCACCCCAAAUUCACACAGAUACUACGUAUUCAAUAGGAAAGAAACAAAAAAACACACAUAAAAACAACAACACAACAUCGCAGUAAACGUUGGUAUUCUUGUAUGAAACGCAAUAUUGUGUUAACUACGCAAACACAGUUGUACCGUUGUAAUCAUCGUAUUCGCAUUUGUUUUUUUUUCCUUCUUGUUCGUUUCUCAUUUGGAUUAGUUUGGUGGUGUCGUGCAGGCAGCAGCAGCAGAAGUGUUUUGCUAUUUGUGUGAUUGUGUGUUGAUAAAUAAGUAAAUCGGCGAAAGAAAGCUGAAUAGAGACGACGAAGAGAAGAGAAUCAAAAAGAAGAAGACGGAAAAACACACCGCGAAAGAGAGAAGAAACACGAGAAUUAUUACAAAUUAAAUAAUAGGACAUACAACACGUAUCGCUCAGCGAGCAGAGUUGUCUUGAAAUAUUUUUUUUUGGCAAUCAGACAUUGUCAUCACACGCGUUUUAUUGUGCACCACAAAGCAAGCGACAUUCAGUGUUUCCAAUUUGGUAUUUUUUUCUUCUUCAUCGAACGAAGUGCAAAUCGGAUUAAGUUGCAGAAACAAGUAAAAAAAAGAGCAGUGAAAAAAAAACAAUUGCAAAAUCACCCGAAUAACUUGUUGAUCGAGUCUUCGUGUGCAUCGUUUUCGUGUGUCCAAUUCAAUCAACGGGCUAAUUGUCGUUCAUUAAAGACAGAUUUGAAUAACAUUUUGUUAUCUGAAAGCGAAAAUUAGUUGUUUUUUCUUUUCAACAUCGAGCAAAAGUACCGAAGCCAUUUCGAAAUAAACAUGUCGGAAGUUAAAAAUUCCACAACAGACAUUGAUAACAAUGUUCAGAAAGAGACGCCGAAACUAACGCCAAAGAAGCGUUUGUCGCGCGCAGAAAAGGCUCGACUUGAGAGUGAAGAAUUGCUCAAGUCGUACGGUGUAACAAUCGAAUCGGGACGGCAAACGAGGUCAAGUCGUCGCAGCACCGUUGCCGUUGAGUCACCAAAACCCGAACCACCAAAACGCAAACAACCCAGCACGCCGCGUGCCUCGAAAAAGGCUAAAGUCGUUGAAGUCGAUCAAACUGACAGCUCGAACCAUGUGGACGAAAGCAACAAGAAUGAAACACAGAUUGCUAAAGCAACAACAACAAACGCGGUGGAAGCAGAAAAGGUCGCCGACUCCGUAGAAGCGUCUACUUCAGAGCCUGAGCAACAAAUGGAAGUUGACACUCCAAUCGAAAGUACACAGCCCGAGCCAAAAACACAACCGGAAAGUGUGCCGCAGCCGGAAACCAUUGAAGAUUCGCCGAUCGAACAAACACCGAUCGACGACGAACCACCAAUUGAGGAAGAUUCACUACCCAUCGCGGCCGAUGAGGUGGAAAGUGUUGCACCAUCAACGGCAGUCGAUUUGACCGAAGUGGUUGAGAUUGAAGGUGUUUCUGCAGCUGCAGACACAACCACGACGAUUGUUAUCAAUGAUAGUGAGCCCAUAAUUACCUCACCACCCGAAAGCAAUAGGGACAAAGAAGAGCCAAUCGAGCUGCAGUCAUCACCGAGUGAUAUUGACCAACAAGAAGAUACGGUCACCAAUUCACAAGCCAUUAUCGCUGAGCCCGAUGCAAUUGUCGAUUUGGAAUCGUCAUCCAAUGAAGGUGAUGACACAAAAUCCGAUGGAGUGAACAAUUCCCAAGGACUCAAUUCGUUGGAAUUGGAGGCAAUCAAUUCGGAUUCAUCGCUAGGUGUGAGCGAAAUUCAAGACGAGCAACCAUCAUCUGGUACCGAUGCAGCAGUAUCAAAACAACCGUUGCCAACAUCCACAGCCGAUGUGACAAUUACUGACGUAGCUCCGGUCGCCAAAACCAACGACAAUGCGGUGCAUUCAAGUGAACGACAAAAAAAUGCGGUCGAAUCGACAAACAACCAAAAACCCAUCGAAAUCCCAGACAAUUUCCGCACAACAAUUACAGUUGACAAUCCGAUAGAGGAAACAAUCACAACAACAUCGGAAACUCUAUUGGAGCCAAGCGCCACUACUGCGUAAGCCGCCAAAUAAGGAUUAAAUCACUGUAAGGGAAAGAGUGUGAACAGAAAAGAAGGAAACAAACAAAAUUUUUUUUUUGGAAUUCAGAAGGAGAAACUAUCUAUUUUCAAGAGAGUUUUGCAAUAUAUAUAUUUGAAUAUACAUUUUAAUGUAUAGAUUUUAUCGAUUAAGAUGAAGAAUGAAAUUUCUUCCACAUAAUUUCAUUAUUUGCAUUUCAACACACAACAAAGAAAAAGAAAACGUUUGAACAAUGAAAAUGGAAUCAAUUCAGAAGAGAAUAUUUGAUUUAUGGUCCAUAUUUUUCUUAAACAGCAUGUACUACACAAACAGAUGAUCUAAUUGAUUUUAAUAAUUCAGAUAAAUUCAAAUACUAUUUACACAUUAGAUCACAAAGUGGUUGCAUCCGAUCGAUGCGUAAAGAAUGGAUUACAAAAAAAUGGUUUUGCUUGGACGCAAUUUGCAUGUAAAAUCUGUAAAAAAAAAACAAUUCAAAAUAUCCAUAAAAUGGCCAAUUUUUCUAAUUCAUGAAAUAAACACACAGAACAUCAGCAGAUUGUCAAUGAACUGGGAGAAAUGCCAUGAUGCUUACCCAUUUUGAUAAUGAAAGGAUUUUUUUUUGAUUUGUUAUUUCUUACGAUAGAUUUAAGUUCGAUACCUUAUUUUUUUUGUUAGCACACACACCCAUUAAAAUUUAAGCUGAAGUUUGAUCUUAAAUAAAGUUACAAGUCAAAAA